UCUUUUGAGCACAUGACUUGUGUGGCACUCCAGUUAGCCACAACAACACACAGUCACUGUGUUUCCCUGCUAUUAUUCGCGCAUAUCUGCUGCUUUCCUCGUCUGUCUUGUUGUUGGUGGUGGUGUAGAGUUGUUUUGAAAAUGCAGCUGCAGUGUUUAUUUGUCGCUUUGUGUCUCAGUGUUUGUGUAAUGGCGGGGAAAUACUCUCGGGACGUGAACGAGCCUAAGCCGAGCGGUAGUGAUGGAGCGACGGUGGAGUUCAGGAUAGGAAAGCUGAACCAAGUGUGGGAGAAAGCUAAACGGAUGAAGUUGUCCCCAGUGCGGCAGGCUGAGCUUCACAGUGAUCUAAAGAUCCACGAAAAAGAUGAACUGCAGUGGAAGAAGAUAAAGAUGGAGGGUCUGGAUGAAAAUGGAGAGAAAGAGGCCCAGCUCAGACGUAACUUCAAUGUGAUCUUGGCCAAGUAUGGGAUGGAUGGAAAAAGGGACACUCGACCAAUGGAAAGUAACUCACUGAAGGACCAUGAGACCAAAGAGGGAGACGUGUUUGAUGAUCCCAGGCUGGACAAACUCUGGACCAAGGCUCAAGGCUCAGGGAAAUUCUCCAGCGAGGAGCUGCUGAGCCUUAAGAGGGAGUUCCAGCACCACAAAGACAAGCUGCAUGAGUACAAUAUCCUCAUGGAUACCAUCAGCAGGACUGAGGAAAUCCAUAAGAACGUGAUUGCUCCCCUGGAGGGUGAAGCCAAAGAGCACGUGCUGCACCAGAAGCACACAGACCUGAAGCACAAGAUGAGAGACCUCAACCAGGGCUUCGAGCGCCUCCGUAAACUCAGCCACGAGGGCUUCACUGAAGACAGUGAGUUCCGGGAGCCUCGUGUGAUUGAACUAUGGGAGGCUGCCAAGAGAGCCAACCUCACCGAAGACGAGCUGGACUCUCUUAAGGAAGAGCUGCAUCACUUUGAGACCAAGGUAGAGAAGCACAGUCAUUACCAGGAGCAGCUGGAGCUGUCCCACCAGAAGCUGCAGCAUGUGGAGGCGAUAGGAGAUAAAGAGCACAUUAAGAGAAACAAAGACAAGUACAACUCCCUCGCUGAGAAGACCCGGGAGAUGGGCUACAAGAUGAAGAAACACAUGCAGGAUUUGUCCAAUAAGAUUUUUCGUGAGGGACUCGAGCACAAUGAGCUCUGAGCAGCUCAGCUCCUGGUCACUAUUGUACAUCAGUGACUGGAAACGAUCUCCCUCUUUAAUCUACGCCACAAGAAGAUGAAGAUUUUCUACUUUUCUAUAGUGUUAGUAGUUGCUGAUUUUACAAAUCACUGAAUUAAUGAACGUGUUUGUACAUAUUGUGCAUAUGAGAAAUUUCUUAUAAAUCAUCUGGACUUAUUGUAUUUGUCAUAUUUUCCCCCCGAGACACUGAUAAAAUAAAUAAGUUUACAAACAA